AAAGGACGAAUGUGGCAUACAUUGGAAAGUAGAGGACAUUUCACUUUAAAAAAGAAAUGAAAAAAGAAAAGAAGUCAAGAGUCCAAAUUGAAACAAAUUAGUUAACAGACCAAAAUGAUCGUCAAGCCAUUAUUAAUUUGUGCCGUUCUCAGUUCCUCCAUAACUCUCUCUCUCUCUCUCUCUCUUAAUUUCCUCGCAUUCACAGGAUAUGGAUGUGACACUAAAGCUGUCAUUGACAUCCUUGCUCAUAGAGAUGCUACACAACGUGCCUACAUCCAACAUGAAUACAGAACUAUGUAUUCUAAGGAGCUUCUUAAACGCUUAUCUUCUGAGCUUAGUGGCAGGUUAGAGGAUGCAGUUUUGCUUUGGAUGCAUGACCCUGCAGGACGUGAUGCAGAAGUCAUUAGGAAGACACUAGUUAUGGAUCAAAACCUUGAAGCUGCUACAGAAGUGAUAUGUUCACGAGCUCCAUCUCAGAUACAAUAUUUAAGACAGGUUUAUUAUUCAAAGUUUGGAGUUGUCCUCGAGCAAGACAUUGAAAUGAUGACAUCUGGAGAUCAUAAGAGGAUGUUGCUUAGAUAUGUGAGCACUCCUCGUUAUGAAGGCCCUGAGGUGAGCAGAGAGAUAGCUGAGAAGGAUGCAAAGGUUCUGUAUAAAGCAGGAGAGAAGAGAUUUGGAACUGAUGAGAAGACCUUUAUCCAAAUUUUCAGUGAAAGAAGCAGGCCCCAGUUGAAUGCCACAAAUUCUUGUUACCAUGAAUUGUAUGGACACUCACUGAAAAAGGCAAUAAAGAAAGAAACAUCAGGGAAUUUCUGUUAUGCACUUUUGACAACAGUGCGAUGUGCAGAGAAUCCAGGAAAGUUUUUUGCUAAGGUGUUACGUAAGGCGAUGAAAGGUUUUGGGACCGAUGACUCCACACUUAUAAGGGUGAUUGUAACAAGGACUGAGUUUGAUAUGCAGUAUAUAAAAGCUGAAUAUGUGAAGAAAUACAAGAAGACCCUGAACGAUGCGGUUCACUCAGAAACAUCUGGCAACUACAGGGCUUUUCUUCUGUCACUAUUGGGUCCCAAUGAAUAGAUUUGUCUUGAUGAUCACUCAUUUCUAUAUUUCCAUGUGAAAAGAAUUCAUUAAAGUGAUUAAGGAUUAAAAACACUUAAAGUGAGUCAAUUGUGUGUUUUGUAUAUACUAACUACUUUAGUCUCAGACUAGAGAUAAAAGAUCAAUGCAGCGCAAUAAUCAAGUUUAGCUUAA